GAAACUGUCAAUCGCACGCGUUUUUAUUAUAAAACGUGUUAUUAUUUUGUUUUUAAAAUAAAUGUAUCUAAAAUAUAUUACUUCUUAGUUACUUAAAUAGUCAACUUUAAAUAUCUUUUGGUAAUUGUGUUGCACUCUUUUAAACCACAGCAAAGAUUAUGGCGGGUGAAACCGAAGAGGCCGCACAAAUACAAGUCCGAUUUGUUACUAAGCAAGAACAGUAUGCGAUCCCAGAUAUUCCAAUAGCUAUCCAGACCAAUGUACAAACAUCAGACUUGAGCACCUUAGUUAAUGGUUUACUGAAGGAAUGCAACCCGUUAGUUCAGAAAGCGAUAGAUUUCGAUUUUCUAGUAUGCGGAGAACUACUACGGACGUCUGUUUCGGAACACCUUCAAGAGAGAAGUGUCUCAACUGAGGAAACUUUAGAAAUUGAAUAUAUAGAACGAUUUCCCGCGCCAAGCCCUCAAGAUUGCUUGAUGCACGAUGAUUGGGUUUCAGCAGUUGAUACACAUGGAAAUUGGAUCCUCUCUGGGAGCUAUGACAACAGUCUCCAUAUAUGGACUUCUAAAGGUCAACAUAAGCUUGCUAUCCCAGGCCACACAUCACCAGUGAAAGCAGUUGCUUGGGUAUCCUUCAAUGGCGAUCAAGCGGUUUUUGCAAGCGGAUCCCACGACCAAUCAGCCAUGCUUUGGGUUUGGAAUGUGUCCACAAAUUCUGUGGACUGUGUGGUCACUUUCCGAGGCCACGACAAAGGGGUGGAAUGUCUCGCCGUGUCUGCGGACGCCAAGCGGCUCGCAACGGGGAGCUGGGAUACUAAUGUUUGCCUUUGGAGUGCAAGUCUAUCUGAUGAAGACAAUGUACCAUCAAAAAAGAAAAGUAAACCCGAGCAAGGCAGCUCCAGAGAACCAUUAACAACACUAAAAGGUCACCGCGAGGCCGUAUCAGGUAUCAAAUGGAUAGAUUUCAACACAGUGGUGUCCAGUGGGUGGGAUCACUUGAUCAAGCUGUGGGACUGCGAACUUGGCGGCAUUAAACAGGACAUUGCGGGAAACAAGGCAUUCUUCGAUCUAGAUUGGUCGCCUCUCAACAACAGCAUCAUUGCGGCUUCAGCCGAUAGACAUGUUCGCCUCUACGAUCCUAGAUCUUCAGAGAGCCUCGUUAAAACAACAUACACAUCGCACACGGGCUGGGUGCAGGCCGUGCGGUGGUCCACCACGAGUGAUACUAUGUUCUUGUCCGCCGGCUAUGAUGGGAAAGUCAAAUUGUGGGAGACUAGGAGUCCAAAGACCCCGCUGUACGAUUUGACGGGCCACGAAGAUAAGGUCCUAUGUUGCAAUUGGUCCAACCCGGCCCUGCUCGUGAGCGGCGCGUGUGACAACACCCUUAGGAUAUUUAAGGCGAAGCACGCUCUGGCUAAUUCUUGAAUGGGUAAUGAAAUGGGAAAUAAAUUUGCUAAUGUUA